UCCGGCGGAUGUCGGGCGGGGCGCGGAGGAAGACAGGUCCGCAGCGGAAACGGAAAUGGGAAUGCGCUGCGUAGCCCUCGGGAAAGAGGAGCCGCGCGGUGGCGGCUGUCAGGCGGAGCGAAGAUGAAUACCAGAGGACUUGGAUCUCAGCUGAAGGACAGUAUUUCAGUUUCUGAACUUUCAGCUAGCGCUCCUUUUGGAAACCAUGAUAUUCUUCGGAGAGGAUUUUCUUGUGUCAAAAAUGAACUUUUGCCAAGUCAUCCUCUUGAAUUAUCAGAAAAAAAUUUCCAGCUCAAUCAGGAUAAAAUGAAUUUUUCCACACUGAGAAAUAUCCAAGGCCUAUAUGCUCCCCUGAAGUUACAGAUGGAAUUCAAGGCAGUGAAACAGGUCCAGCGUCUUCCAUUUCUUCAGAGCUCGAACCUCUCUCUGGAUAUUUUGAGGGGUAAUGAUGAGAGUAUUGGAUUUGAAGAUAUUCUUAAUGAUCCAUCACAAAGUGAAAUAAUGGGAGAACCACACAUGAUGGUGGAAUACAAACUUGGUUUACUGUAAGAGAAAUAUGUUGCUAAUGAAAAUAGAGGAACAGCAUCUUGCUUAUAGUUGUCUUUUUAUUGUGAUUUGAUGUGUAUAACGUGAAAAGUACUGAUAUUUACAUAACUGUUCUUAUGGCUAAUAUGCCCUAUCAGUAAUUUGAAUUUGUUUGGUCCGUGUUGUACUAUUAUUAUGUCCAUGUUAUUUUGAGGAACUGAAUAUUUUAAAGUGAGACAGUAAGAAAAACUGAACUUUAGUUCUUAAAUAUGGAGAACAAAUUUUUGUUGUAUAUUUAGAGGGAUCAUCAUAAGAGCAUAAAACAGGUGUUCUAAUUAACCUCAUUUUGUUAUAUCAUCUUUGCAUUGACACCCCACUGGUUUGAACAUAGACCACCUACACACUUAAAAUAAAAUCUCUUAGGAAAAAAAAUAUCUAUUUGGAGACAAAGCCCUCCAACCCUGUAACUUUAACAGGCUUUGCUUAGCAGAGGAAGAGACCGACACCACUCUUCUCUGUUUUUGUGUAACAAUUGUCAAAUCUGAAGCUAAUCUGAGCAGAAUUCCAGUUCCUAUUUGAAUUAGUACUUAAAUUUCUAAUUGGAGGAAAGAUUAAGGCCUUUCCAAAUUGGGAGGGGGAAGGCAAAAAGGUGCAAUUCUUUGAAAUCAGAAAAAGAGGUUUCCCAUUCCUCCAAACAUCUGUUCCAGGCGUGGGCACCUGGUGGCCUCAAGGCUGCCAAUUCUCCACCCCUAGAUUCAAUCAAAGGAACAUGGAAAUAGUAACUGACUAGACAAGGGCCCAUUUUCAGAUAAGACAUGGAUUGCUUCAGAUAUAAUUGUGAGAAAACUCCUUGCAUCAGUCUUUGGAUUUGACUGAGUUUCUGGUAACCUAGGUCCUUAAUUAAAACUCUAAAGCAACAGGUAGAAGUGGUCCAGCUUCCCAGUCACGCAGGGCUAAAUCCAAACGGUGCAAUAAAGUUUUCUCACAGUUCCCAUCCCCACCCUUAAAUUCAAUCAGAGGAACAUGGAAAUAGCAGUUGACUAGACAAGGGCCCGUUUUUAGAUAAGACAUGGAUUGCUUGAGAUGUUAAUUGUGAGAAAACUCCUUGCAUCAAUCUUUGGAUUUGACUGAGUUUCUGGUAACCUAGGUCCUUAAUUAAAACUCUAAAGCAACAGGUAGAAGUGGUCCAGCUUCCCAGGCACUCAGGGCUAGAUCCAAACAGUGCAAUAAAGUUUUCUCACAAUUCCCAUCCUAAGUUUUCUCACAGGAUAGAAAUUGGACUAGACCCAUAAUUAAAUAGAAAGGGAACUGAGCUAGAUCCAGAAUUGAGUCACAAGAUGGAGUCAGUGUAGUUCACUCAAUUCCCACAUUAUUAGACAUGUCUGUGCACCGCCAUCGUUCAUUUUAUUAAGUGUUCAGUCUAGGACUUCCUUUGUGUUUCUCUUUUGCUUUUGUAAGUUGCAUCCAGAUUCAAGUUAUUUUAUAAAAAAAUAAAUUGUACUGUACGGUUUAAAAUCUGGGAAAACAGGAAAAUCCAUAAUAAAAAUAUUCCAAAUUA